AUGUCCGCCCGUCACUCGCCUGCGGCGUCCCAGAUGCCCCCAGCGCCUCAGGAGGGGGGGGCGCCCGACAGUCGGGCACAGUACUUCCAGCGCCGCCUGCGGCACGAGGUCAACGAGUCCGCCUGGGCCAACGGCACCGUGCCGCUCCAGAAGGAGUACCACUUCAACAACUGGAUGACCCUGCUGUCCCAGCUGCCCCUGCUCCUCUUCACCUUCCUCAACUCCUUCCUGUAUCAGUGGAUCGCGGAGAAAGUGCGCAUCGCCGGCAGCCUGGUCUUCAUCCUAAUCCUCUUCGCCCUCACGGCGGCCCUGGUCAAGGUCCCCAUGGAGCAGGACCAGUUCUUCUCGGUCACCAUGGCGACCAUCUGGUUCAUCAACUCGUUCGGGGCCGUGCUGCAGGGCAGUCUCUUCGGCCUGGUGGGGAUCCUGCCCCAGAGGUACAGCGCCGUCUUCAUGAGCGGACAGGCCCUGGCUGGCACCUUCGCCGCCCUCGCCAUGCUGAUGGCCAUCGCCAGCGAAGCCGAUAGAGAAACCGCGGCUCUGGGCUACUUCAUCACCCCCUGCGUGGGCACGCUGGUCACCUUGGUGAGCUACCUGGCGCUGCCACACCUGGAGUUCGCCCGGUUCUACUUCAGCGCCGGCGGGCCGAAGACCUAUGAGCUGGAGAGCAACGACGAGCUGCUGCGCACAGAAAACGGUCCGACGGAGAACGGGAAGCCGAACGGCCAGGCCCGCCUCGCCCUGGAGAACGGCCCCCCCAGCCCGGCCAAGAAGUCUUCGGUCAUCCAGGUUUUCAAGAAGAUCAAGGUGAUGGCGCUGUGCGUGACCCUCGUCUUCACCAUCACGCUGUCCGUGUUCCCCGCCGUCACCGCCGACGUCAAGACCCUGUACCCCGGGAAGUGGGAGGCCUACUUCAUCCCCGUCUGCUGUUUCCUCACCUUCAACCUGAUGGACUGGAUCGGCCGGAGCAUUCCCAGCGUCGUCCAGUGGCCCCCCAAGGAGAGUCGGCUGUUCCCGGCGCUGGUGGCGGCGCGCCUGCUGUUCGUCCCCCUGCUCGUGCUGUGCAACGUGCAGGCCCGCGCCCGCCUGCCCGUGUGGUUCGCCCACGACGCCCUCUUCACCGCCAUCAUGGUCCUCUUCUCCCUCUCCAACGGCUACUGCGUCUGCCUGUCCAUGUCCUACGCGCCCCAGGACGCCGAAACCGCGGGGGCGCUCAUGACCUUCUUCCUGGCCCUGGGUCUGUCCCUGGGGGCCGCCCUGUCCUUCCCCCUCCGCUUCCUGGUGUAGGAGGGGGGGGGUAGUGGCCCCCCCACAUGCGCGCCUGCUGAGGAUGGCACGACCAGACAGAGCGAGGAGAAGGUAGCAGGAUCUGAACAGGGGGGCCCUCUCGCCCUGCCACGGACCCCACAGAGACGAACCCCUGGCCUGGCCUGGCAGCCCGAGUUUCCUUCUGUUCACAAAGACACCCCUGUUGUUGUUGUUGUUGUUUUUUUAUUAUCUUAGAUGAGAGGGGGCACUGCCCAUAGCAGGCCUUCCUUUGUCAUUUAUUUAUGAUUUUUAAUGCCUUUUAUGAGUUUUAUUGUGUUCGCUAUAGAAGGGCACUCUUUCUCCUUUGUUUCGACAUCGUCUGCGAGAGCAGGAGGCCAGGUGUUGAGGUUCGUGGUCCGAUUCUCCUAGGGGCUGGGCCCGUCUCUUGUUCCCGUCCCGUACGAGACUCCUGCUGCUGCUCUUGCCUAGUUUUGACCUUUGACUUCUGCGCGGCCAGAUCGCUAGGAUUUUUUUUUAUAGCUGUCGCUCCCGGCCUGCUUCCUUCGAGCCCGGGUCCAGGCGGCGCUCGCCAGGCCGGAGUCACGAGCGAGUGAGCAGCGAGGCUCUUGGGAGGGGCCGACCGCGCUAUCCCAGCAGGCCCCCGGGCUGGACGCCGGCCUAGCCUGCCCCUGGACACCUGUUGCGAGGUCUUUGGGGGUCCAGUACCUCCCCUGUGCCAAGAGCGCAGCUGCAGGAGAAUCUCUCUUUAGUGUUUUUGUCGGUCAGCGGCGGGCUUCGCUGGUGGGGUCCCCCCCCUGUUACUGGUCUCCCCAAAGCUUGGAUCUUCUCGGUUCUUUUUUUUUAGUUUUUUUUAGUUGUUUUUAAAACCCAGCUCAGGAGGGGCAGUCGUGUGUUUUCUCGCUCAGGGGACUCGGCGUCCGGAUUUAAGGGAAUUUAGUUGUGGGGAUGGGAAAGGCAGCUAAGGUAUAAGGUCAGGAAACAGAUCAAGGUCUCUAAAGGAAGAGGCUACAGCAAUCUGGAGGAGAAACCAAGACUUUUUUUUUUUUAACCCGUUAAUUUAUUAAGUGUCGAUACGGGUGCAGUACAAGAGAACUUUAUCGGUGGAGAGGGCGAAAAAGGGAAACUCCCUGGCCAGUGAAAAUGUCUUCCCCCCCAGUUCAUGGCUUCGGGAGGAUCAGGGCAGAGUUUCUGGAAAUCUGUGAUUUAGGUCAGAUUUGUUUUUGUUUUUUUAAACCCAGGCUGACUUUAUGUGCAGUUGUUUGAUUUUUUUUUAAGUGGCUGAUGAGAGCUGCCGACUCAUUAAAUCCGCCCCCUCCCUCACUUGCUCUUUCACGCUUGUGUGACUCGGUGUCCCUCUCUUUUUUUUGAAGUUCGGAGCGGCACCUUACGCCCCGCUGCGGUUUCGGGGGGGCGCUAGUCCAUCACAGAGCACGCGCACAGACCCACUCGUUCAGGGCCAGUGUUCCCAGAUCCCAGUCAACCUCCCAGCCUGACUUGGACUGCGGGAGGAAACCCACGUGAACGAGGGGGGGAACAUGCAAACUCCACCCAGACAGCACACCGGGUCUGGACUUGAACCCAGGGCCCCAGCACUGACCUGCGCGCCAGGGUGGGGCCCGGAUCCACGACCUGUGCUUUUUGAUACUUCUUAAUAAGACGUAGGGCCCCCCUCCUCCCCCGGUUUGAUUCAGGUCCUGAGGCGCCAGUCUGGGUGGAGUUUGCAUGCUGUCCCUGCCUGUCCCGGAGGCUCUGGAGGACCUUGCCGUCUCCGUCCUGGGGUAGCGCACUCCUGUGCACCUGGGAUGGGCUCUGCGCCCCUUUCCCAGGGAUAACCAGCUUUCCGAUGAUGGAUGGAAAAUAGUUGAGCCCAAGGAACAUUUUUGGAUAGUGCCUGCUACAGCACCCUAACAACGGCCUUGGAACCAGCAGUUUUUUUUUCCCCUAAUCCUCCAUUAGUUUGUGGAUCUUGGGGGGGGGGGGGGGGGUAGAUUCGGUCACUCGCGCACGCCCGUGUUUUCGUUGACUGGAUGGACCCCCCGCUCUCGGAAACGAAGGCCCGGAUCCCGUUUUGAAUCGGUCCCGGUGCGACACUAAAGGAUAUACAGCUCUAGCCAGUACUGGGCACAGAGAGCUGUGGACAGCCCCAGUAAGGUCAAACUGGACUCAUCAACCUCUUCUGCAUCUGCUGCUGUGGACAAUUGGAGAGAGACCCCGAAAACGCGCUGGGUUCUGGCUUAGCCGCCGUGGAUCAGGACGGUUGGGGUAUCUCGGUUCUGGCGUCUCGAAAGAGUUGGGGGUUUCUUCAGUGAACUUUAUUGAAAAGGGACUGGAGUUGGAGCGAUCGGGAUUUGAGUUAAAUGCUCGGGCUCGUGCCGAAGCAUUUGAAAUCCCAAGCUCCCAGCGGGGCUCUCUGAAGCGGGGAAGCCCGAUCGGAACUGCGAGAAGAUGUACAUUCUGCUGGGAAAGCAGGCCGUGUUCCUUGGAUUUGAAUGUGUCAGUGGACUGUUGAUGUUACUGUGUUAAAAAAAGCUGGUAAAGUUAUCUUGGUCCACGAAAGGUCUCCGCUCCAGUAUUUUGUUUCGACUCCAUCUUAGAUGUAACUAUGCAGUUUGUCUUCAAACUCUCUAGUGGGGGGGUAGCUGCCCUGAAAUUGUGGGGUGGGGGAGGUUGCCAUUGUCUGAUACGUGACUCAAUGUGUUACGUUUUCCAAGUUUAUUCAACACUGUCGCUCUCCAGAGCGAGGAAGACGCUCCCCUAAGCAGAGAGAGAGACUCCAGCUGUGGGUCCUGAAGGGCCCGAUCCAGCCGGGUUUGUAGGACGAUGCGUUGCUGAAGCCUACAGCCCCUACGAUUAAGCCCGUUUAUUCAACUUGGUCAUUUAGAGAUCAUGCUGGACAGAAUUCCUCAUCCCCUUCGGUCUGUAAAGGUUCAUGCUUGUUUUAGGGCGGCCUUUUACACAGCAUUGACUGGACUGGGGCUCCUCAGGACCAAGGCUGGGGGACCCCUGAUUCAGGGUGACCUGUAAGGGUAACUGGACUGGGUCUCCCCAAGACCAGGGCUGGGGGACCCCUGAUUCAGGGUGACCUGUAAAACUGACUGGACUGGGGCUCCCCAAGACCAGACCAGGAGACCCCUGAUUCAGGGUGACCUGUAAGACUGACUGGACUGGGUCUCCCCAGGAGCAGGGCUGGGGGACCCCUGAUUCAGGGGGACCUGUAAGACACUGGACUGGGGCUCCCCAGCUGGGGAAACGCAGGGAUACCGGAGAGCCCCAGAGAGGUAGCGCUGUUUGGGCGAUGCCCUUCUCAGGCUGGUGGGAAGAUGGGGGGGCCAUUUCUAAGCAAUAAGGGAAAACGUACCGAGAGCAACAGAAAGGGAGCCUGUUGGUCUGCAGUGAUUCUGUGUCCAGGUGCGUUUGAUGCCCAUGACGCACGUUUUGUCCGCGGGCCUGUGCGACUGGGACUGCUGUUGCCUUUGGUUUCGAGGACUGUGCUGGAGAGGGAGAAUUUGCGGUAGUUCCUCAUCAUGUUCACUGUCUGCUACAAUAAAGUGUUUUUCUGAA